GUGGUGGCGCCGGGCCCGGCGAAGGGCGAGACGGUGGCCGAGAAGGCACGGGAAGGAACACGGUUGCCGACGAGGUCGGGCAUGGAGCAUCUGGAGCGCUGUGCAAGGUGCCUUAGGGUCAUGCUGGUGCGGGCGGCAGUGCGGCGCUUCCUGCCCUGGGCGCUGGCGGCCUCCAUGCUGGUGGGCUCCCUCCUCAAGGAGCUCUCCCCGCUGCCCGAGAGCUACCUCAGCAACAAGCGCAACGUCCUCAACGUGUAUUUUGUCAAAUUGGCCUGGACCUGGACCUUCUGUCUCCUCCUGCCUUUCAUUGCCCUCACCAACUACCACCUGACAGGCAAGAUGGGCCUGGUCCUGCGGCGGUUGAGCACCCUGCUUGUGGGCACGGCCAUCUGGUAUGUCUGCACAGCCAUCUUCUCCAACAUUGAGCACUACACGGGCAGCUGCUACCAGUCUGCAGCUCUGGAGGGGGUCAGAAAGGAGCACCAGAGUAAGCAGCAGUGCCACAGGGAAGGGGGCUUUUGGCAUGGCUUCGACAUCUCAGGCCACUCCUUCCUGCUGACAUUCUGUGCCCUCAUGAUUGUGGAGGAGAUGGCUGUGCUGCAUGAGGUGAAGACGGACCGAAGCCACUGCCUGCACACUGCCAUCACCAGCCUGGUGGUCGCCCUGGGCUUCCUGACCUUCGUAUGGGUGUUGAUGUUUCUGUGCACGGCCGUUUAUUUCCACAACUUGUCCCAGAAAGUGUUUGGCACCCUGUUUGGUUUGCUAGGUUGGUAUGGGACAUAUGGGUUUUGGUAUCUGAAAUCCUUUUCCCCAGGACUUCCUCCCCAGAGCUUGAGUUUGAAUUUGAAGCAAGACAGUUAUAAAAAAUGAAUGAAACAACAAGGGCAAUGGCAGGACAAUGACUAAUAUAUUUUUCAUUUAUUUUUCUUAGUUAUUUGAUUAAAUUAUUGAUACCAGUUCAGAGAGGAAGCUAACCAGGCAAUUUGGGUGGGUGGUGGGUUCAGUCCCCAGUCAUCUUGGUGACAUCACCUUGUGUCACAAGCACCACUAUUCCCAGUCAAGCACUCUCUGUCCCUGGCAAAACUUGACAUUAAUCCGUAAUGUCCCUUUUAUCCCUAGAGGCUCAGUGAGAGGAUAGAAUCAGGAAAGCCGUUCUUGUGUGGCUGAAGGAGGGGCCAGGGCCUCGGGACUCUUCUCUGUUGCCGAACUUCCUGAUUCUAGUUGUCUUUUGUUUUAAUGGUUGCUGAUGUGGUUGCUUAACCAUAUUUCCCUCUGGUCAGUUUUGCCUAAGCAUUGAUUUCCAGAAGGAUUCUUUUAUAAAACAACCAACCACCUGAAAGACACACUCUCACUGUAGUAUUUAUUUCAUCCAUGAAAUGUUAAAUAUUGCAACUGGCUUCUGAUUAGUUAUCAGAACAGUUAAGCAGGAGUGCCUCUGUGACUCAGUAUUGGAUGAUUUUUAUGUAAUGAUCAUUGCUGAUUUUCUGUCCAUGUUGUCUAUUAUAUAUUAGUUUUUGGAGCAAUAAGGUACAUUUUUUUUCUCUCUUUUGAAUGAAUGUUUUAUAGUUUUUAAUACAACUAUGACAUUUGUUCUUUGUUAACAAAACUGAAAAUAACUCAUAAUCUCACCACUCUAGUGCUGCACUUUGACAUGUGUGUAGAUAGCUUUGAGGGUUUUUUUAGAACACUAAGUUACUUUUUAUAAACCAAACUUUUGGCCUGUGUUAUUAAAUUCCACCUCUUGGGGCCAUUUUCUCUGUCAAUAAAAUCAGAAAGCAAACAUUUUAAUAAUAACUUGAUGAAUUUUAAGCUGAGUCAGAGUAAUUUUGCAAAAACGCAUAUUUGCACUGAAAUUUUCCUGACUGCAUAUCAGUGGUAUAGACUGAAUAGUGUGCUUCAGGGUCAUGUGAGUAGUACAUUGAUCAAUCUGCUGUGGCCCAAGGCAUGUUUACCUUUUGGACAAGACUGGUAAGUCAGAAGGGAGGAAAAAUGUCUUCCAUUGCCUCUGAUGGCAAGCAGCCAAUCUGUUUGUAAAAAUGUCCUUACUAAACGGUGGCAAGACUUGGGCCCCACCCCCCUCUCACCUGUACCACCACCAAAACCAAACCAAACCUGGGCCUAUUCAGCUGGCCUGGAAAUCCACCUUUCCGCCCUCCUUCACAGUACUUCUCAAUGCCCAGCCUCGUCCUUCUGUGGCCUUCACUGUGGUGAGUCCUGGGAAGGGUUAGAAAUCCCAUCACCUCCACCCUGCAAAGGCACAGUUACACCCUGGUGAUAAGCUACCCCACCCCUAUCCCAGGUUAUCUCCUUAAGCCUUUCAAACCAAGCAUCUUGAUUUUGCAUUAUCAUCCUCGACACUUCUUGAUGCCCCUCCCACCCCCAGUCAAGCCUGAUAAUAGCAUUAACUAGUGAGCACUACACUUGACCGCCUAACUCCAGCUUAGGUUGUUAGGAACUUGAGGUCAGGAAGAAUUUUCAGGGUAACUUGUAUUUCAUAUAAUACACAGUUGGUAUCCCAUCUGGCUGCAGGUUAACAAAUCCAUCAGAAUGUGAGAUGUGAUACAUUGAACCCAAGGGUGGCAGAAACACCUGCACUGAGAUUUCAGAGGUGUCACCACGGUGCUUUGGGAGCAUUGGCCAGAUGUGCUGGGCUCUGUGAGAAUAUUUUUGCCUCCUGAAGUUCAAAACUGGGAAUGGAAGUGGGGCUGGAAUAGGCUUGUUGAAGGAAUUGAAAGCUCUCCUAAGUUUCAUGUUCAGCACCAAAAUGCAGUAGGCAUGGAUGACCAGAUGUUUGUUUGUCACACUUAAGCCUACAGACAUUUCUCCCAUGCAGGUCUGAUUCCGACUGGCAUUAAAUUAACAAGGUGGAAAGUGUCAGUUCCUGAGCCUGUGUGUUGAUCAGUCUUCCACCACUUCCUGUUCAGUCUUAAUGCCCUUGCCUCGCCUUUUUCUUGGGCAAAUGCUCUAUCCCUAUGUGAGACAGCAUGUUAUAACUGAAAGGGUUGGGGCUUAGGUAAAUGUGAGCUGUGGGCUCAAAUCUUGGCAGCACUACUGAGAGGUGUUUGACCAUGGGCAAGGCUCUUUUUCCUCAUCUGUAAAUGGAGAUGAUACUGUUAGGUUUAAGGGAAAUGAUGUGUGUACAAUGCCCAGCCCAUAUGCUUAGCAGUCGAUAAUCCCUGCUUCCUUUUUUUGACUAAGCCUUUAGAAUUUUUGGCUCCUCUAAUGAAAGCAGAGAAACUAACAUCAUCUUUCAAGUGCCACCUGAGGCCUGGGUCUCCUGUUGAAAUAGUCUUGUAUUGUCCUUUGGAAAGUGUCUAUUGUCCCCAGGUGCUGAACAAGAGGCUUUGAGGGCAUCUGUGAUCACAGAACACUACCAGGCUUGUUUUCCCUCUGUGUUGAGGUUCAUUCGCUGAUGCCUCAUUUUCCACGUGCAUCUGUCAUAGUCUGAGUACCAGAUUGUAUUUAGAGAAUGACUCUUGCCACUGUUAUGUACACACAGAUCAUGUGUGUAAACAAGCAAAUUAAGUAAACUGGAGAUAAUGAAAUCCUA